AUGAAGGUGUGUAACCGUGGAGCGCAGAUGCUCGUCACCACGGCCGGGGCUUUCGCAGCCUUCAGUCUGAUGACCAUCGCCGUGGGUACGGACUACUGGUUAUACUCGCGUGGGGUUUGCAGGACCAAGAGCGCGAGUGACAAUGACACGAACCGAAAGAAUGAAGAGGUACUCACGCAUUCAGGACUUUGGCGACAGUGCUGCAUGGAAGGCGUAUUCCAAGGGGUUUGUAAGAACAUUGAUCAUUUCCCAGAGGAUGCGGAUUAUGAACAAGAUGCUGCUGAAUAUCUAUUGCGUGCUGUGCGCGCCUCAAGUCUUUUCCCUAUCUUGAGUGUUGGACUGCUGUUCAUUGGUGGAGUUUGUGUAGCUGCAAGUGAAUUCUACAAGAGCCGACACAACGUCAUCCUGAGCGCGGGCAUCUUUUUCGUCUCGGCUGGUCUAAGUAACAUAAUUGGCAUUAUCGUGUACAUUUCGUCCAACGCCGGCGACCCCAACCAGAGCGAUUCUAAGCGCAGCCACUGGUACGGCUGGAGCUUCUACUGCGGCGCGCUUUCCUUCAUCAUAGCGGAGACAGUUGGCGUCCUCACCGUGCACCUGUUCAUCGAUACGCACCGCGUACUGAGAGCGCGAUCACAUCGCUCUCUCCAUCCCGGCACACACCUCUUGCACCCUCGGCGCAGCACAAGCUACAGGUCUCGUUACCGCUGGAGACAGGGUCAAAAUCGCUCAUCCGACUCCCGAUCGCGCGAGCCUUCUCCCGCUCGCCUGGGGAACGACCCCGGACUCUACGCGCUGGGACGCGGGCUACCACCAACAGUGACCCAAGCACUAGACCACAGUUUAAUUAGUACCAGUCGCGGGUUUGCGCAUUUCCACAACUCUGCCAUCGCCAACAAUACUUUUGUGAAGCCUCAUAUUUUGUCCGCGCAAAGCUCUGCGAAAUCAGAAACAGGAGUUUCAAUACAAAACUCUUUGAGCUCAGAAAAGGGGUUUGGGUAUUUAAAUGCACACGGACAAAAUUCAGCCAAGUCAGAAAACGGAGUAACACUGUCACAGAACUAUAAACAAGGCUGCGCAAAUCGCAGUACAACCGCGGUCCGCGCACAGAUUAUCGGGAAUAAUAUCGCGCACACACAAAGCGCUGUGAAGGAGGCCUCGUAUGGCACUGCAACAAGGAGAACUACUCCAGUAUAA